CUUUAGUAAAAAGAAAUUUUAACAUUUUUGUAUAUCUUUUACAACUGAACUAGAAAUUUUUUAAUUAAAAAAAAAAAAACUGAAGAACACCUGCAGACUUAAAAAGAGCAAAAGUGUGCUUCGAGAGGAUUUGCAAUUUUCUGAAAACACUUGCAAAAAUCGCAAAGCCAGGAUCCGAAAAUAUGGAAGAUUGCGAGAACGUGCCCACGAGCACCCAAGAUCAAGAAAACAAUAUUAGCAAUAUUACAAGUACAAGUAAUAACGUAAACGAUGCCGACGAGGAUAAGAAUAUUAAAGAACAGCAGAAAAGUACACAGAAAAAACCCAAUUUUAUAUGUGGUGUCAUUGAAGGAUUUUAUGGUCGUCCCUGGACAACUGAACAAAGGAAAGAUUUGUUUCGCAAAUUGAAGAAAUGGGGCAUGGACUCUUAUGUAUACGCACCAAAAGAUGAUUAUAAACACCGAGCGUACUGGCGCGAAUUAUAUACAGUGGAAGAAGCUGAUCACUUAUCAGGUUUGAUUGCCGCUGCUAAAGAUCAAGGCAUUACCUUUUACUACGCUUUAUCUCCUGGCUUAGAUAUGACUUAUAGCAGUCAAAAGGAAUUGCAAACCUUAAAGCGUAAAUUGGAUCAAGUUUCUCAAUUUGGAUGCGAAGCGUUUGCUUUACUUUUCGACGAUAUUGAGUCUGAGUUAUCCAAGAGUGAUAAAGAAGUUUUUCAAACAUUUGGUAAUGCUCAGGUGUCCGUAACCAACGAAAUUUUCACUCAUCUGGGUAAUCCCAGAUUUUUAUUUUGCCCAACUCAAUAUUGCAGCUCGCGCGCAGUGCCUACCGUUCAUGACUCGGAGUAUUUAAAUACACUAGGAUCAAAACUUAAUCAUGACAUUGAUAUUAUGUGGACCGGUAAUAAGGUAAUAUCGAAAAUUAUCACUUUAGAGUCGAUACAGGAGAUAACGGAAGUUUUAAGAAGACCUCCGGUGAUAUGGGAUAAUUUGCAUGCAAACGAUUAUGACCAGAAGAGAGUAUUUUUGGGUCCCUAUUCAGGACGUUCACCAGAGUUGAUACCCCAUCUGAGAGGUGUAAUGACCAACCCAAAUUGUGAAUUUCAUGCGAAUACAAUAGCUAUACACACGUUGGCUUAUUGGUCACGUUGCAGUUUAGAUUCGAAAGUGAAUAGCUCUAUAUCGGCAGAUAUCAAACUCGAGACAGAAAAUGAUGAAGAUACGAACGCUGAUAGUUUACCUCAAGAGUGUUGCCUCUCGAAAAGUAUCUAUCAUCCUCGUAUGGCCUUGAAAAAUGCUAUUACAGAAUGGUUACCGGAAUUUUCUAUAGAAAAAGAAGCUUGGGGACCAAUUACAAAGCCUCAGCCACAAGUUACAAUGGUGAUGCCUAUUAUACCAAUAAUCCCGUCGAUUAACACUUGCAUGAGCUUGACUACCACAACGACAACAUCAACGAAUGCUAAGACUGUUACGCUUCCCGAAGUAAACACUACUCAAUUACAAGCCUUGGCCGAUGUUUGCAGUACAGUAAACUCAUCAUCGGUAAAUCCAAUCGCGAAUCCUAUAAUGAAUUCUUUGGUUUCGCCCACUAAAGUAGUCACCAACGAUGACAUUUUAAAUCCCAUACCUACUUGUGUGGCUUCGAACAUUGAACUGCCUAAAAAGAUACCUAUUUCUAUAGUAUCUGUACCCAUAAUGCAUACAAAGGCAGUAGGUAGCGACGUUGAUAGCGACGAUAUGCGGGAUUCUGAUACGGAGAAGAAAACAAGUAGGAAACUUAAGCCUGUUGCCAUUUCUGAGAUAACUGUAAAAGCCGAAAAUUGUGAUAGAGAAGUUUUACCCGAGGUACAGUCUUCAAAAGUAGACUCAAAGUUAGAAGAAGACAUUGCGAUCGAUGAGAAACCGGUAGAACCGGACAGUACAGGUCUAUCAACAGAUAAUUUGAGUCCUGUCAGUGCUGUCAGUGCUGGUAAUGAGCCUAUGGAAUGCAGCAGUAGUUUAACUUCGCAAACUUCGCCAAAAGACGACUUGGCUAAAAUGUUGGUCGGUGCCAAUGAAGACGUAGUCAUGGCGGAAUCAGCUACUGUCGGGGAAAUUAAUAAUACAAUGCAAAUUGAGAGUACGGCCCCUUCACCCUUAUCACCAACAGAAAUGAUUGAUGCUGGAUAUAAAUCGUCUACUGACAGAGCGAAAAUUAGCGCCGACGAUUUAUAUUUGCUCUGCGAUCUUUUUUAUUUACCGUUUGAGCAUGGCAGUCGGGGUUUUAAGCUCCUAAAUGAAUUCAAUUGGCUAAAAGCAAAUGCUCAUGUUUUAUUAGAGGCCAAGAACAAGAAGAAUCAUUCUAAUGAGACCCUAUGCAAACCAGAAGUAUCCGAAUGGCUGCAGCGAGCCGAGUGUUUCUCAUCUUUGUGCAAUUCAGUUCAAGAUCUGCUGAGGAAGAUAGCGACUUGCGAAAACAAGGAAAUUUGUCACGACCUAUUCUCCUAUAUAUGGGAUAUAGCGGGCGCCUUGUCCCUUCUUAAUGCGUUUGUAAAGUGGUUGCGUUUGGGUCAAUUUCCUGCGAAUGUCUUCAGCUAUACACAAGGCACUUAUACUUGGUUUAGCAAAGGCUGGAAAGAGGCAUUCAUGUCAGGUGAUCAGGAACCAUGGGUAUUUCGCGGUGGCCUUAUAGCUGAUUUGCAAAGAUUGAUGCCUGUAGAUUCUGGUAACGAUUUAUUCUUGUACAAGCUGCCUGAAUUGCCCACUACUGAAUAUCAUGUGAUGCGUCCUUACACUCACUUGGACGAAAAUUGCGUUAACGAUGUUUGUACCCAACAAGUUUUAUCACUAGCUGCCACGGAAGGUAAUCCCGAAGAUCUUCGAUUGCCCGAAAACUUAAAAGAUUUGUUAGCAGACUACUUAGUCGGGCCAUUUAUUACUUUGCAAUCAGAAUUCUGUAUCGUAGCUACAGAUGCUUCAGGCAAAAUUGUGGGAUAUACUGCUAGCGCCUUGAAUAGUAAUACUUUUUUACGCGAUGCUUCCAUGUGUUGGAUACCCGAAAUGUGUAAAAAGUAUUCAAAAUCGUUGCUGGAAAAAUCUUGUGAUUUCACCGAAUCGAAGGCAUUAAAUAACAUGCUAUCCGUAAUGAUUAACGAUUUCCAUCAAUAUAAUAUUGAUUGCCCAACGGAAGUGAGUAACUCUUAUCCAGCCGCUAUGACUGCCGCUUUGCUGGACGAUGCUCUGGGACAAGAUUACGGUAUAGCGAAACGUUUAGUAACAGUUAUGUUGGCCACAUUGAGAGCUAACGGUUGCUUUGGAGUGCAUGUACGUUUACCCGCCAAGGAUAUUGGCAUUCAAUUGGCGCAACAUUAUAUAAAAUUGGGUUUUGCAGAAGUGUAUCGUGAUAGAGAAUCUUUCACUUAUUUCGGACGUCGUUUCUAGCAACGUAAUCGUAUUGAGCGUUACGUAAGCAUUAAAAAAAAAUACGGCAAGCAUGAUACUAAAUAUCGCUUUAAGUGCCCGUCAUUUUUUGUUGAUUGGAACCACAAAAGAUAUCCUGUGUUCGUAGGAAAUCUUCCGGUCCCCUCCCGCUAACG